AUGCCUUCUAGAACAUCACGCCCUAGGAGAGGAAGACCAGAGGAAUCCAGAGGUGCUUUUCCUGCUCCGUCUUCUGAUGGGGCUAAUUUCUAUGGUUCACAACAUCAGAUGAUGCCUCCGUUUCUUGCGGUCUCGAAUGGUUUUAAUCAACCUGUUUUUAUGAUGCCCACGGCUAAUCAAAUGCCUUUUCAAGGUACGUAUCAACAGAAUUUUCAGGUAUCUGCUCCUAAUAAUCGACAAACUCAUGGAUCUAGAAAUAAUAAUAAUAAUAAUAAUAAUAAUAAUAAUAAUAAUCGUAAUAAUCGUAAUAAUAAUAAUAAUAAUAAUAAUAAUAAUAAUAAUAAUAAUAAUCGUAAUAAUAAUAAUAAUAAUAAUAAUAAUAAUAAUAAUAAUAAUAAUAAUAAUAAUAAUAAUAAUAAUAAUGGUAAUAGGAGUAAUUACUCAUCAAGUAUGGCACGACGUAUAAAUAAUAAUGAAAGAGUAUCAUAUCAACAAUUUCACGAUCCAUGCUCUAUACCAUAUACAAAUGCGACAGAGUAUACUGCUACUAAUACUAAUAAUACUAAUAAUAAUAAUAAUAAUAAUGGAGAAAUUGCUUGGACAAAGAAAACCGUCUAUGCUAUGAUAAAAGCUUUUGUAGAUGACCCAAAUACUAAUGAAAUGACAUUUCCUUCAACUUUGAGUGCUGCCGAUCGUCUUUUGGUGCAUCAAGCUGCGAUAAAUUUUAAUCUCUAUCAUCGUUCUUCUGGGAGUGGAUCCGAUCGUGUAUUGACAUUAAGGAAAAUUGGAAGUAUUACUGAACAAGAAAAACAGCAAGAAAUAGCAGCUCAUGGUGGAAUUAGGAUGAAAACUAUUGAUGGAUAUCAAGGGGCUCAGAGACUUCCUGAUGAUUAUGUUCUAUCAAAAGUAAAGGAAAUCAGAUUCCUGGUGGAACCUUUACUAAAAAAAAUGUACAGGAAUUUAAAGGCAACUGCCUGCAAAGGAUUACGAAAUCGUGAAAUAUUAGCUAUACAACCUGGGCUAAGUAAAAUUCCAGAAGGAACUAUCCCUCUUAACAGAUUUCAGGAAUUACAAGCAUUUCGACAUUCAUUACCUUCAUAUAAAAGAAAAGAUGAAAUCAUUGCAGCUGUGAAGGAAAAUGAUGUUGUUAUUGUAAGUGGUGAUACCGGAUGUGGUAAGACUACACAAAUACCUCAAAUAUUGUAUGAUGCAAACAUAUUUCCUAAAGAUCAAGAGAUAAUAUGUACACAACCUCGAAGAAUUAGUGCACUUUCCGUUGCACAACGUGUUGCGGAAGAGCGUGGUGAAUUAUGUGGUAAUAGCUGUGGUUAUAUUAUUCGCUUUGAUAAUAUAACAAGUUCAAAAAGUAAAAUUGUUUAUAUGACAACUGGUAUUUUGCUACGUCGUCUACAUGCUGACCCAGAAUUAAAUGGGGUUUCGUGUAUUAUUGUUGAUGAAGUUCAUGAAAGAGAUGUGGAAACAGAUUUUUGCUUACUAUUGCUACGUGACAGACUAUUAGAUCAACAGAGAAGAAAACAAGGAGGUAAACAUAAUGUUAAAGUAGUUGUAAUGUCUGCAACUGUACAGAUUGAAAAAGUGACAUCUUAUUUUUCCUAUACUAAUACUCAGAAAACACCUCCAGUUAUUAGUAUUCCUGGAACCUUAUUUCCGGUAGAAGUACAUUUUUUAGAAGAUGCUUUAAAAUGGGUGAAUAUGCCAUAUUCCGCUGUUCCUGCUAUGUCAAUGUUAACUAGCAGUUCUAAAGAAAAAAAUGAAACAAAUACUACAGAUAAUCAGAAUAAGCAGAAUAUAUUUGAAAAAAUUAAAGAUACAGCUUUUGAUGAAGUAAAUCGUGAUCCAGAAGCUUUAGUACCUUAUGAACUUAUAUUUAAAUUAAUUGCGUAUAUUCAUGGACGUUCCCGUGAUUUAUCAGAAAGUGUAUUAGUUUUUCUUCCCGGAUGGGCAUCUAUAGCUCGAAUAACAACUAUGAUUCAGAGAUCACCUAUUGCGAAAGAAUUGUCUGUAUUACAGCUUCACUCAAGUUUAACUGCGGCAGAACAACAACGAGUUUUUAAUCGUCCUCCUAAGCGUUAUCGCAAAGUGGUACUUUCAACAAAUAUAGCAGAAGCGAGUGUAACUAUUGAUGAUAUUGUUUAUGUUAUUGAUAGUUGUUUAACAAAAGGUACAUCUUAUGAUCCCAUAGGAAAUACUUCAGCUUUAAAGGCGACAUAUAUUAGUAAGGCUAAUGGACUUCAACGUCGUGGUAGAGCUGGUCGAUGUAGAGCUGGUUUAUGUAUUCAUCUUCUUCCACGUUCAGCAUACGAAUCUUUACCAGAUUUUCUACUUCCUGAAAUAGUUAGAACACCUUUAGAGGAAGUAUGUUUACAAAUAAAAGCCUUAAAGCCAGACGAAGAAUGUGCAAAAGUUUUGAGUCGUGCUCUAGAUGCUCCACCAGAAGAUUCAACAGAACAUGCCGUAAGAUUUUUAAAAGAUAUAAGUGCUUUUACAUUUGAAAAUGAACGUUUAACAAGUCUAGGUAGAGCACUUUCAAGACUUCCAAUUCACCCUUUGUUGGGUAAAAUGUUACUUGCAGCAGUUUGUUUGGGAGUUUUAGAACCAGUAGCAACAAUAGCAGGAUAUCUAUCUGGAAAAUCACCUUUUAUUAGACCAUUACCACAUCAGAAAACAGGUUUACGGCAAACAAUUCAAAAUUUUGAUAAUGGUCUUUUGUCUGAUCAUCUUUGUGUUGUAAAACUCUUUGAUGAAUGGAAAAAAUCCGGAUGUAGUCCAGAUUAUGCUAUGCAACAUUUUGCAGAUCAAACCAUUUUGCGCUCGAUGGAUCGCAUUCGAAAACAACUUUUACGUCUUGUAAUGGAUUCUUCUUUUCUGCGAAGAGUUAAGGAUCCGAUACGAAUGGCUUCUCGACACUCAAACAACUUUGGAUUAAUUCGUCUAGCUGCUCUUUGGUCUUUUUAUCCUCAUAUUGCAUCAAUAGAGUAUCGAUCUACACGUAAUAAAAAGAGAGCAGAAUUUCUUUGUUGGGAUAACAAAUUAGCAAAGCUUUCUAUGGGUUCUGCUUUAAUGAUGCAAAAUAAGGACGAUUUUAAAGAUAGAGCGUUUGUUUUUUAUCAUGAGCGCAUGCAACUCGAGGCAGAAUUAACACUAUUUGAUACCACCGCAGUGACUCCAAUUGAGACUGCCUUGUGCCUUCGUGAACUUACACUUGGUCCAAUGGCAGAAAUUCCUGCAGAAUUUCUCAGAGACGAAGAAAGCAAAAUGGGCCCUGCAUUUCCGUUUUCGUUAGAAGCGAACGAACGUAUUGAAGACAUGGCGGCGCUUUUUUUUGAUAGUGGUAAAAAAGUGUACUUAACAUCUUUCCCUGUGGCUUUGGCUGUGCGUGAUGUACGUGAUUGUAUGGAUUAUUAUCUGGCUUUAUCUGUUAAUGAGGUGCGUGCAGAUCUAUUUCCAGAGGAACUCACAAGGGCUCUUGCUUACACUAUAGGGUAUCCUAUUGAAGCAAGUGUAGCUGCUGCUGAUGAUGAUAAAAACCAUGAGCGUAUUACAUACACUUCUGAAAUUUCAGAACAACCAGAUUUGGAGAUGAUGAAAAAUCAUGAAAAUUUCUAUUUGAGUGAUGAUUCUGCAAAUGAAGAAGAAGUACCUGAAAUGAUUUUAGGGGACCUGGAGGACUUUCAGUUAACUGACGAAGAAAUUAAACGGGUAACUGCUGAACUUGGGGAGUUGGCAUUGUUUAACCGUUAUAAUGGCGGGCGUCUACUCCAGGCGUUUCAAAAGGGUGAAGAGCUUCGUCAGAAUGACGUUAACAUAGAGCAGACUGUAGAAGAGAAUCCCGAGAAGGAAGAAGAGGAAGAGGAAGAGGAAGAAGAUGAUGAUGAUGACGUUAUUGUUGCACAAGCAGGUGAAUUGGUAUUAGAUGAUGAUAAUUACUAG